AUGGAGAUAACCAACGUCAGUGAGUAUGAGAAUGUCGCGAAGCAGAAGUUGCCGAAGAUGGUGUUUGAUUACUAUGCAUCUGGUGCUGAAGACCAGUGGACUCUCCAAGAAAACAGAAACGCCUUCUCCAGAAUUUUGUUUAGGCCGCGAAUUCUUAUCGAUGUGAGCAAGAUAGACAUGACUACUACUGUCCUCGGCUUCAAAAUAUCCAUGCCAAUCAUGAUUGCUCCAACUGCCAUGCAGAAAAUGGCUCAUCCUGAAGGAGAGUAUGCAACAGCAAGAGCUGCAUCAGCUGCUGGAACAAUUAUGACUUUGUCAUCAUGGGCAACUUCAAGUGUUGAAGAAGUGGCUUCAACAGGACCUGGAAUUCGCUUUUUCCAGCUAUAUGUUUAUAAGGAUAGGAAUGUGGUUGCUCAGCUUGUGAGAAGAGCUGAAAAAGCCGGAUUCAAGGCUAUUGCCCUUACUGUUGAUACUCCAAGACUCGGUCGCAGAGAAGCUGAUAUCAAAAACAGAUUUGUUUUGCCACCGUUUUUGACAUUGAAGAACUUUGAAGGCUUGGACCUCGGAAAGAUGGACCAAGCUAAUGACUCUGGACUUGCUUCAUAUGUUGCUGGUCAAAUUGAUCGCACUCUAAGCUGGAAGGAUGUGAAGUGGCUUCAGACAAUCACCAGCCUGCCAAUUCUUGUGAAGGGUGUACUCACUGCUGAGGAUGCAAGGCUAGCAGUACAAAGUGGUGCGGCUGGAAUAAUUGUGUCCAAUCAUGGAGCAAGACAACUUGAUUAUGUUCCAGCCACCAUAAGUGCUUUAGAAGAGGUUGUGAAAGCUGCUCAAGGCCGCAUUCCUGUAUUUUUGGAUGGUGGUGUUCGCCGUGGAACUGAUGUCUUCAAGGCAUUGGCACUUGGUGCCUCUGGCAUAUUUAUUGGACGUCCUGUGGUGUUUUCAUUGGCUGCUGAAGGAGAAGUUGGAGUAAGAAAAGUUCUUCAGAUGCUACGCGAUGAGUUUGAGAUAACAAUGGCUUUAAGUGGAUGCCGUUCACUCAAAGAAAUCACCCGUGAACACAUUGUUGCAGAUUGGGACACUCCUCGCACGCAUCCACGUGCAUUACCAAGAUUAUGA